AUGGUGCUUGAACCGAUUUCGACGAUAACGUGGGUGGACUCGAUUGACGAAACUCUGUUGCGAGACCGUGUGCAGAAAAUGGUGUCGCUCAAUCCAUGGUUGACGGGUCGUUUUGUCCAAGACGCAAAGGACGGUGUCAUCCAGUUGGGAUACAACAAUGAUACUACUGCGCCAGAGGACACUAGUAGUUGUGCCGAGUUGAUUCACUCGGUCGAGGACCCCGCGCUGGGUGCGUACGGAUACCAGGAAACCAAAUCCUACACCAAGUUAAUGACUCUGGUGGAACCGUACUUGCUCAAGCCGGGACUAGACUUGAAACAGCAGCAGUUCUGGAAAUUGGUCAUUGUGAAACCCAACCUGUUGAUUGUGUCCAUGACACAUGCCUUGGGCGAUGGAGCCAGUUACUACACCCUCUUCCAAAUGCUCAUUACGGGAAACAUCGAGGCAGUACCCAUCGAACGCAUCUUUGGCGCUUUGCAAGAAGAAAAAGUCAAGCUGUUGGGAGGCGAACAAGAAGCCAAUCUCAUUUCCAACUGGGGAUACCUCGUCUGUUUUAUGCGUGGAUUGAUUACCAGCAAUCUCAUUGCCCCAUGGUGGCCGCGGGCCGAACGAGCCACGGCUCGUUUCUUUUUGGUCGACCCCAAGGUCAUUCAAACCAUCAAGCAAGAUGCAAAGAAAGAUGAUGUUCCCUUUGUGUCCACCAAUGACAUUCUCGCGAGUUGGUUCUUCAAAGAAACGAAUUUGGGGUAUGCCACGUUGGUCGUCAACUUACGGGAACGUCUCCCACAGCUCCCCGAACGGAAUCGCAUGGGCAACUAUCAAGAUGUGAUCUUUUAUCGUGUUCCCAAGGAUGUGGCGACACCGGCGUUGGUGCGAAAAUCUGUGCAAGGAAUGAAACGCACCGUCACCCACGAGCAGCCCAUUGUGGCCCCGUGUCCGGGGCAAAUCGGAGCCAUUGUCAUGGGAACUCCAUCCAAGCUCCAGGGUGUGUCGGUGGCAGCUCCCUUUGAGGUUCAAGAAGACGAACCGUUCAUGAUGGUUUAA